AUGAGUGAAAGUAAUGAAAAUGAUAACACUACAACAGAUAGUGAUAUCAUAGAAAAAAUGCAAAACGCGUAUGACUCUUUGUUUAAAAUAAGAAGGUAUGAAAAAUUUCUUGGAGUAAAAGAAGAAGAAGUAAGUGAAAAUUGUCCAGAUGUUUUUGAAAUGAAUAUUGGAGAUAAUGAAAUUAAACAAAGCGUUUCUAACCCCAAACUUAAUGAAGAUAGUUCUUCCACUAAUAAUAAAGAACAUAAAAAUUCGUCAGAAAAUGAAGAUAAAAAUUUACAAACAAUAUUUAUUAAAAUUCAACAAAAAUUAAAAGAAGAAAAAUUUGAAGAAGAAGAAUUGGAUUCAAUAAAAAAUAUUAAUAAAAAAAAAGAUGACACAAUAAAACAACUACCAACAGACAAUACUAUUUUAACUAAAACAACACUCAAAAAGAACAAAUCAAAACCUAAAGACAAAAUAAUAGAAGAGGAAGAACUUAAUCAUACUAUUCAAAAAACAAAACUGAUUGAAGAAAAUGCUGAUACAAAAAUUAAUGAUUACAUAAAAACAAAUGAGUCAAUUCAACACCAAACUAAAACAAAUCCUCUUAGUUUAAAUAAAAGUUAUCAGUUCACUGAAUUAAAUGAAGGAAAAAAGAAACCAAAACUUCCUAAAACAGAACAAGAUGAAGAAAAAAAUAGAAAGGUACCUCUCUUAAAAAAGGCAAAAACUUAUGAAGAUUUUCUUGUUGAACAAUAUAGAGAAACUUCUAUUAAAAAUCUAAAACGAAGAACAAAGAAAACAAAUAAAAAAAAAGUGCAAAAAAUAGUUAAAGAAUAUGAUAAUGAAAGUAAAAAAGAAAAGGUAUUGCCAAAUAGAAAUAAUGAUAUAAUACAAAGAUUUAUUGAAUUAACCAAAGGACAAUCCAUAAAACAUGAAAAUGAACCAAAAGAUAAACGAAGUACAAAGAAUCGUAUUGUUCAAAGACUUAGAAAGAAUCCAAAGAAAGUAGAAUUUUUAAUUGAUGAGUAUAUUCCUUAUAUGUAUUUAAAAGAAAAUACUAAUGACCAACCUCUUAAGAAACCACAAAAAUCAAGAAUUUUUGAAAAAGAAGAUAAAGAGAAUACUCAUAAAAUAAACAAUUCUAUUCAUUCUCAAGUAUUUUUAUCAUCAAAAAUUAAUAAAGAAGAUAAUAAUUAUAAAAAAGUUCUCUUUAAUCCUAUUAUUAAAAAAGGAUGUAAUGAUAUUUAUGUCUAUCUUAGUGGAUUUGAAGAUGAACAAAAAGAACUUUACUCAGAGUCAUUAGAUGGGAUUCCUCAUCUUCAUGUAAUAGAAAUAUAUAAACGUGCAACACAUAUUGUAUGCCAUAAUUUUGGUAGAACAAUUAAAAUGUUAAAAGGAAUUUCUGAUGGUAAAUGGAUUCUUAGUGAAGAUUGGAUUGAAGCAAUAAUAAAGAAUAAUGCUAUUAUAGAAGAAGAAGAAUAUGAAUGUACAAAAUAUAUUGCUUGCAAACAACAACGAUUAAACAAGGUUCAACUUCUAAAUGGGUUAAAAGUGUAUUUAAGUUCUUUUCCUAAAAAAGAAGUUAUUGGAUUUAAAAAAUUAGAAUAUAUGUUUUUAUUAAGACAAUGUGGUGCAAAGAUUGUAAAAGAUAAAAAAGAAUCAGAUAUUAAUAUUGGAUUUGAAAAAGGAAGUAUCCAAUGUGAUUGGUUAUUUGAUAGCAUUUGUAGUAACUGUCAAUUAGAAACAAAAGACUAUAUUAUUUAA